ACAAACGCCGUCCUUCCCCCAGCAAGCAAACUGCAAAUGUGAAGGUCACUAAACAGGCAGUCCCCCGGGGUUGCCCUUGUGUGUUUCAUGGGGGAGAGAUACAGAGCAAGCUCCUAAGGACACCAAUCUCAGGGCAACUGGACCAACGUCAAGGGCAGAGGGCUUUGUUUCUGGAACUUUGGAGAUGGCAGGCUUGGUGCGAUGUGCUAGCAACUGUUCAUUGCCCUUCCUUCUGACUGUAAAUGCUAGGACGUUCCAGCCAUCAGCCGGACAACGCUCUUUUAAAACUUUCCCUACUUUAUGGAGUGACCAGGCAGCAAAAGGAAUUCGCUACAAAGACCUUGUUGUCGGCGUUCCCAAGGAAAUAUACAAAAAUGAAAAGAGAGUUGCUCUUUCUCCUGCUGGUGUCCAAACUUUAGUGAAACAAGGCUUUAGUGUACAAGUGGAACAUGGAGCUGGCGAAGACGCAAAGUUCUCUGAUGAUCAUUACAAACAGGCUGGAGCCAAAAUUGGGGAUUUGCAAACGGUGUUUGGAUCUGAUAUUGUGUUAAAGGUCAGAGCUCCAAUCUUUAAUGAAUUGUUGGGAGUACAUGAGACAGCCCUACUCAAAGAGAAAGCAACACUUGUCAGCUUCAUCUAUCCAGCGCAGAACCCCGAACUCCUGGAUAAACUUGCUCAGCGCAAAGCCACAGUCUUGGCAAUGGACCAAGUUCCCCGAGUCACAAUUGCUCAAGGAUAUGAUGCCUUAAGUUCAAUGGCCAACAUUGCAGGGUACAAGGCUGUAGUCCUGGCAGCCAAUCAUUUUGGAAGAUUUUUUACUGGGCAGAUUACUGCAGCUGGAAAGGUUCCUCCGGCAAAGAUCCUAAUCAUUGGUGGUGGUGUAGCUGGAUUAGCUGCGGCUGGAGCAGCUAAAUCCAUGGGAGCCGUUGUCAGGGGAUUUGAUACCAGGCCACCAGCACUGGAGCAGUUUAAAUCCCUUGGUGCAGAACCUUUGGAAGUUAGCAUUGCUGAAUCGGGAGAAGGUGUUGGAGGUUAUGCGAAAGAGAUGUCCAAGGAAUUUAUUGAGGCAGAAAUGGCAUUAUUUGCCAAACAGUGUAAAGAGGUGGAUAUUGUUAUUACCACUGCCCUUAUUCCAGGGAAAAAAGCUCCUAUCCUGAUUACCAAGAAUAUGGUGGAGUCCAUGAAGGAUGGGUCAGUGGUUGUAGAUCUUGCGGCUGAGGCUGGUGGCAAUGUGGAAACAAUCCAUCCUGAAGAGCUUCACAUUCACAAGGGCGUGGUACAUAUUGGUUACACAGACUUGCCAAGCCGAAUGGCUACUCAGGCCAGUAGCCUUUAUUCAAACAACAUCUUGAAAUUAUUAAAAGCGAUUUCUCCCGACAAAGAAUACUUUUACUUUGAGCCAAAGGAUGAUUUUGGUUAUGGGACUAUCGAUCAUGUAAUUAGAGGGACUAUGGUAAUGAAGGAAGGGAAAAAAAUAUUUCCAGCACCUUUACCUAAAACUUCACCACCUGCUGCCCCAGCGAAACAGAAAACUGUCCAAGAAGUAGAAGCAGAAAAACAAGCUUCCAUCUCACCAUUUAGAAGAACGAUGACCUCAGCUGGAGUUUAUACAACAGGCCUGACAACGGUUUUAGGGCUGGGCCUUGUUUCUCCGAAUGCUGCUUUUACACAAAUGGUGACCACCUUUGGCCUUGCUGGAAUUGUUGGCUACCAUACUGUUUGGGGUGUCACACCUGCGCUCCACUCACCUCUAAUGUCAGUAACAAAUGCCAUUUCUGGACUUACUGCUGUUGGCGGUUUGGUGUUGAUGGGGGGAUCUUACUUUCCUUCUAGCAUACCACAGACAUUAGCUUUACUGGCUGCAUUUGUUUCAUCUGUCAAUAUCGCAGGUGGCUUCUUAAUUACCCAACGAAUGUUGGAUAUGUUCAAGCGACCAACAGAUCCACCUGAAUAUAAUUAUCUUUAUCUCCUCCCUGGAAUGACAUUUGUCGGGGGAUAUGGUGCUUCUCUUCUCAGUGGAUACAACAUUGAACAGAUGAUGUAUUUGGGCUCUGGUCUUUGCUGUGUUGGUGCACUGGCUGGGUUGUCUAGUCAGAGUACUUCUAGACUUGGCAAUUCUCUAGGAAUGAUUGGAGUUGCUGGUGGCCUAGCGGCUACAUUGGGUGCUCUGAAACCAUCACCGGAAGUGCUGGCCCAGAUGUCUACAGCCAUGGCUUUGGGUGGAACCAUGGGUCUCACCAUUGCGAAACGGAUUGAAAUCUCUGAUCUUCCACAGCUUGUUGCUGCAUUUCACAGUCUGGUUGGUUUGGCAGCAGUUCUGACGUGCAUUGCUGAGUACAUGAUCGAAUAUCCACACCUUGAUGUCCACCCAUCUGCUAAUGUUCUCAAAACUGUGGCCUACUUGGGCACCUAUAUUGGGGGUGUAACAUUCAGUGGUUCUUUAGUUGCAUAUGGAAAAUUGCAAGGUACAUUAAGCUCUGCUGCUCUUCUGCUGCCUGGUCGCCAUUAUCUGAACGGUGGAUUGUUAGCAGCUUCAAUAGGAGGCAUGAUUCCUUUUAUGCUGGAUCCCAGCUACACCACUGGCAUGACCUGCCUUCUUGGAGUUUCAGGACUGUCCUCAGUCAUGGGAGUAACGCUGACGGCAGCUAUUGGUGGAGCAGAUAUGCCUGUGGUGAUCACUGUGCUCAACAGCUACUCCGGAUGGGCUUUGUGCGCAGAAGGAUUUCUUCUUGAAAACAACCUGAUGACCAUUGUGGGAGCCUUGAUCGGUUCUUCUGGAGCGAUCCUAUCUUACAUCAUGUGUGUGGCCAUGAACCGAUCUUUGCCAAAUGUCAUUUUGGGAGGAUAUGGUACAACAUCUACAGCUGGAGGGAAGCCCAUGGAAAUAGUUGGAACACACACUGAAACGGGAAUUGAUCAAACUAUUGAAAUGAUAAAGGAAGCUAACUCGAUUAUCAUUACACCCGGUUGGGGCCUUUGUGCAGCCAAAGCUCAGUAUCCCAUUGCAGACAUGGUGAAAAUGCUUAAUGAACAAGGAAAGAGAGUCAGAUUUGGCAUCCAUCCGGUUGCAGGCCGCAUGCCAGGGCAGCUGAACGUUCUGUUGGCAGAAGCUGGCGUUCCUUAUGACGUUGUGCUGGAAAUGGAUGAAAUAAAUGAAGAUUUCCCAGACACAGACCUGACUUUGGUAAUUGGUGCCAAUGACACUGUGAACUCUGCAGCACAGGAAGAUCCAAAUUCAAUUAUAGCUGGUAUGCCUGUAUUGGAGGUCUGGAAAUCUAAGCAAGUCAUUGUCAUGAAACGCACCCUGGGAGUUGGGUAUGCUGCAGUCGACAACCCCAUUUUUUACAAGCCCAAUACCGCAAUGCUGCUUGGUGACGCCAAGAAAACCUGUGAUGCUUUACAAGCCAAAAUUAGGGAAUCUUAUUAUACCCAUUAGUGUUCCCAGGUUUGUAUAAAAACAUAGGGCUCCAGCCACCCAACUAUAAGCACUGUUAAGUACCAUUAAUUUCAUUGGUUGAGUUUAUUAUUAUUUACUUAAACCAUUUUCACUUUGCUGUUCAGCCAAAAAAAGGCUCCUGGAGCAGCUUACAAAGGUCAGAAAUGAGCCAACAUUUUGAAAUCAGUGGAACUUGAGAGCGUAACUUUAGCUGGAUUGUGUCCAUAAUGUUUAUUAUUCAGGAAAUAGUUUGGUGGUGGAUGCAGUCUCUUAUUUAUAUACAGCUAUGUCAGACAGAAAGUUAAGAGACCCUAGCAUAUUGAUCACAAGAGUUUUGUGGCUUCUGCGCUCUUGUGGAUGAAAAUGUAAAUCUCUGUAUUUAAAGAAAUCAUACUACGUCAUUUGCAGUUGAGUUUAUUUCUCAAACGUUGCAACGGUAGUUACAUCACUUUAAGUAAUCCAAGGCAGAUGAAAGAGAUGAGCAAAUUCGGAUGUUGCGAAGCACCACUGGGUGCCAGCCCAGAGGGAGAAUAUGGAAGGAGAUGCGGACAGGACCUAGGACUUGUCAGCAGCUUAUUUCAGGGAGUUAUGGCUUGGUCUGCUACCCUCCGAUCUCUCCUCAAAGUGACCUUGUAAAACUAGUUGGUGAAGUCAGCAGUCCAAAUAGUCACUAGCUUUUAUUGUACUUCUGUUUAUAUCAGUCUCUGUUCCUCUCCCACUGUCAGUCAGUUGGAUAAGACCUUGAGGAAUACUCCUGUGGGGAUGGUAGCUAUGAUAAAAAUGAAUGUUAUGGUGGACUGAAUAACAAGCCUUCUCUGCUCCUUUCCAAUGUUCUUCCCCCUUCUUUUUUUCACCUGCCCCAAACUGGAAAAAUAGCAGCUUCUGAAAUUAAGGAAAACCUCUGGAGCUGCAAGGGAUUGCUGCUGGUAUGGUUCUCAUAUCCAUGAAUGCAAGCAGUUUAAGUGCCCACAAGAGGAUCUUUGAAUCCUGGAUCUCAUGGAGGGGGAAGUUAAAUUGUAAUACACAACAAAAGUGAAACAGUUAUUUAUAUAAACUUUUCUGUCUCUUUUACAUUAAAAAUGUUUUCAAAGAAA